AUGGAAGUCCUACAGCCUUCUAAUACUCUGGUCGAUGUCGGCCAGGUGCUCGAUGGGCUCAAUAAAGUCCAGCGCGAGGCUGUCACUAGCGAAGCUGAGGUUUUACAGAUCCUGGCUCCUCCUGGUUCUGGGAAAACACGCACUCUAACAUCAAGGGUUGCCUGGUUGCUUGCAAACGGCAUGUACCCGUCAAAUAUAAUCGUUGCUACGUUCACCAACAAGGCUAGCAAGGAAAUGAAAGAAAGGAUCUCCAAAAUGAUUGGCGGGGGUCUGGAAAACCGGCUUAUCAUCGGUACUUUCCAUUCAAUUGCUACCCGAUAUUUGCGGAAAUAUGGCCAUCUGAUUGGACUCCCAUCAGGGUUUGGUAUCGCCGAUACUAGUGAUAGCUCUGCCAUUAUAACUCGUAUUAUCAAGAAACACAAGUAUUCGACAAUGGAUGGCAAUGAUGCGGGGGGUAUUAAAUCAAGGAUAUCAAAUCUCAAAUCGAAGAUGCAGUCCGUGGACGACUACAUCGCCACGCAGAAGAAGAGUAACCACAACGACGAGUUUUCCAAAAUCUAUAGCCAAUACGAAAAGGAACUCAAAAACUCAAACCUACUAGAUUUUGACGAUUUGCUGUUGAGAUGCUUGGAUCUCUUGAGAGCUCACCCACUUUGUGUUUCCAAUAUUGAAUCAGUUCUGAUUGAUGAGUUCCAAGACACCAACUUGGUUCAAUUCGAUCUUAUGUGCCUGUUCGCUUCGAGGAGGAAUAAAAUCACGAUUGUUGGUGACCCUGAUCAGAGCAUUUAUGGCUUCCGUGCGGCUGAGAUUGGUAACCUGAGGGCCAUGCAGGAAUUCUACCCUCACACAAUUGUGGUUAACCUUGAAGAGAACUAUCGAUCAUCUGCUGCUAUCCUGACUUGCUCGUUGGAGGUCAUACAACAGGACAAAACAAGACCAGAGAAAGGAAUCACACCUACACAUGAGCUUGGUAUUUCUCCGGUAUUGCGCGAGCUUCCAACCCCCGAUGCCGAAGCUCGAUGGAUUGCUCAGGAAGUUACCCGCCUAAGAAUCACCACUGGGAAUUUAUUCACCUUCGAUGAUAUCGCAAUUCUGGUCAGGUCUGGUGGUCUUGCCAGGGAAAUCGAAACCCAAAUGACCCGCAAUCGCAUACCGUAUCGUCUUCUUGCUGGCAUAAGAUUUUUUGAGCGAGCAGAAGUCAAGACAGUAUUAGACUACCUCCGUGUCAUCUUCGACCCAAACAACAAUGAGGCUCUUCUCCGAAUACUCAACACCCCGCGAAGAGGACUUGGGGAUAAAGCGUUCAAAGAGUUGUCGGCGACAGCGGAAAAAAAAGAGACGAGCAUCUGGAACAUAGUCCAGAAAGCAGCUCGUGGAGAUAUUAAGGUUGGAGGUAUCAGUAACCCUGGCAUCACCGGAUUGAGUAAAUUUGUCAAGAUCAUCAGGGAUACUCAGAACGCGUUCAAAUCAGACCAGACUAAGGACCCGGAAAUAGUUGGCAAGAUCAUUCAAACAUUAUUGGAAAAGAUUGAUUACAAGGUCUAUGUUGGCGAGAAGCUCCAAGGUGAAUUUGAAGAUAGAUGGCAGCACGUCGAAGAAUUUAUCACGCAGGCUGUUGAAUUCUGCGGAAACGUAAUGUCUGGUAUUGAUGAAGCCGAUCUUCCUGACACGGAAGCCAUAGGAAACACUGUGGAGGAAUCUGCACUAAUAGGUGCCUUGGGAAAGUUCCUCGCAACCGCAGCGCUGGCCUCUGUUAAAGAAGGGCCAGAAGCUGCUGGAAAUGGAGAUGGGACUGGUGUCUUGACUAUAUCCACUAUCCAUAACGCCAAAGGUCUCGAGUGGCCAAUAGUUUUCGUACCUGGGUGUUAUAAUGGAUCUAUUCCACACUCGCGCGCUGAAGACCACGACGAAGAACGGCGGCUGCUCUACGUCGCGAUGACUCGAGCUCAAGCGCUACUCUACCUAUCAUAUCCUUCUCAACUCUGGGACAGGAAGUCAGGUGGUGCUCAGGAAUCCAAUCUCUGCUCUUUUCUGGCUGGCGGUAAUAUGGGUAUUUUGAUGACGGACCGGGGACCGCAUAUUACGCCGGACAAAAUCCUAUCUUUCAGUAAUAUCAUGUCAAGGGAAUGUCCUACCCCCGAAAUGGUCCAAGCAACAAUCAAUGCCGCCGGCCUCUCCAAUAUUCAUGACGAAGUGGAAUCUGAUAAACCCAGCCAACAUGGAGGCUUGGACGAAGAUAACUAUGGUUCUCAGCUGCAGUAUGGUGUCAGAAAAGGAUACCAAAGGUCAUAUAGCGAUGGAUUCUCCGGCUCGUGGUCCGCUUCUACAAACAAUAGAACCAACUACUACCCGUCUACAAGCCGAACAACCAUGACUUCUAAAUUCUCCAUGCAAACAACAACGAUGCAAGGAUUCAAUACGGCUAAAAGCCAUAUGCAUACCUUGGUCAGCUCGCAGCUCGAAUGUGAAGCCGACACCCAAAAAAGGUCAACGAAGAGGAAAUCGGAUAAGAUUUCAGAUGAUAAUCUAGGAUCCCAGCCAAAUCAACAAAAGGUUUCUAAGAAGAAAACAGACAAAGGCAAGUCUACGAACACCGUUACUAAUUAUUUUCGGAAACCAUCCGAUGACUUGCCGGAGCCUCAACCUGUUCCGAAACCUUUGGAGGCUAUUCCAAAGAAAAAGGAGAAGCACAUUUACCUCUCAUCGUCUCCGGAGAGACCACCUCCAAAGAGUGAUAUUACCGCUCAGAAUAGGCAACUUUUGGAUGAAAUGCGUCGCAAUCCGCCAACUUCUAAGUUUACAUCCGUUGCGGGAAUGAUUAGCGAAUCCACUUCCUACACUGCGCCAACAACUAUGAGUCGCAUGGCUGCUGUUGUUACAAGUGCCGGAUCUAGCACUAGUACCUCGUCGACGACUACUUCCAGCAAAACUGCAAAAACACUUGGUUUGAAAAGGUCAAUGGGGGGCUGGAGCAAUCGUCAGCAUAAGUAG